CUGUUAAUACUACUGUUUGCAACCUGGCAUAUCAGUGCGUUUAUCCUUGGGUCCGUAUUAGCAAAAACGUGGUGCCCAGCUUGGAGAAACAAGCAACGAAUGCUUUUUGGCCUACGGGGUAGUACUCUGCCUCAAGGGCGCCCAACCGUUCCUGGAGGUCCUGGAGGUGCUGGCGUCAGAAGCGUCAUCGUCAGCGCCCUUAAGCAGCAACCAGGCGAGCUGCGCGAUGAGCCGCUGCCGCAGCGGCUUGAAUCCAAAUAUGAGCCUUGCGAACCCUCCACGAGCUCCCUGGCGGACUUCGGGGCGCGGGUGACGCUGGAGAGGCUGUAUUCCUGGAACGCGCUGGACGAUGCUCUCGGCGGGAUGCCACAUGGCGCUUUUUUUGUGACUGUGGACGACCGGCCGCAGCGAACACGCAACCAGGGACGUUCAGAGGACUACUUUGCCAAUGUUGGGGAUGCCAUUCGUUGCCUCCGAGAGGAUAUUCCAAUGCUUUUUCAACGGGAACUCAACUUUGACAUCUAUCGGGACGAUGUCGUCUUCAGGGACCCGCGCAACUGCUUUAAGGGCAUGAAAAACUACCAGCUGAUCUUCUGGUCGCUGCGCUUCCACGGAAAGAUAUUUUUCAAGACGCUGUACGUGGAUGUUAGAAGGAUAUGGCAGCCAGAGGACGGCAUUAUAAAGAUGCGGUGGACUGUUCACGGUAUUCCACGCGUGCCCUGGGAGGCGGAGGGGACGUUCGAUGGCAUCUCCACGUACCGGUUGGACAGCCACGGCAAAAUCUAUGAGCACUCCGUGGACAACAUCCUGCUGCGGGACCCACCCAUGGCCACAAAUCCGCCGCUCCUGGCCGGCCUCAACCUCCAGCCCCUCGCUCCUCAGCAGCCUGUGCCAGGCGCUUGGUGCAAGGGCGCAGAGCUAGCGCAGGAGCGGUGGGGAGCUUACGGUUAUGUUCAGCGUAUGGUGGCCUCAGCGUUGCGACAGCUCGAGCAGCUGGAGACCCAGGAGCCUGAGCCUGCUGCUGCCAUGGCCGGAUUACCAGCCAGCACUCCGGCGCCAGGUGCACAUGCGGCUGCUGCGGCACACGGCGUCUAUGGCCGGCCGUGCGCAGCUAACAGUAGCAGCGCCGCCGCAGUUGCAAGUGCCGCCAGCACUUGCAUAUUGUGGGGUUCCAGCGAGAGCGGCAGCGGCGGCAUCACCGGUGGAAACAGCGACGGCAGUGGCGCAGCUGGCAGAGAUGACGGUCGCUUGUGGCAAAACAGCAUAUGGAGCUAAUGGGCGUCUGCUUGGGAAUUCCCGAGGUGGGGUCCUCCACAAAUGGACUCAAGUUUACAAGCAACAGCGCGCAGGCGGCAUCCUACAGCCUGACAGUU